CGGAAAUGAUUCCAGGGGACCCCAAAAAGUGACGAACCCGGCUGGCUGGGACAUGCUUAGACCUUAAUAAGACCUCAUCAGUGGUGUUGUCGUCUGUCCAUGACCUGAAAAAUAAAAAUGUUUUGUCCUUUCUGUGGCAUUCAAUGGGCGACUUUGCCCAGAUUUUGUAGUUCCUGUGGGCGAGAUGUAAGGUUUGUAGAGAACGCCUCUAGAACUGCAGGUGAUGACCAUGUGUCACAUAUGACUGUGCCCAGAGCAGUGACUGAUGCAUGUGCCAUUCCAUCAAAGCCAACUGUUCUCCAGUUUAUGAAAUACAGAGAAGUAAAAGAAACUGAAAGGAAGACAUUUUCUAAAAGUAAAAAGAAAUCAAAUAAAACAGUAAAGAUUUCUGUUGGGAUCAUGAGCAAGACCAGGAAUGGCUUUAAGCCCAUGAGAGGGAAAAACCUACCUCUACAUGUUGACCCCCAGUGGGCAUCUGAGCAACUCUUGGCAGCUGCAGUGAAAAAACAAAAAGAUUUCAAUCAAGACAUGGAAGAUGGAGAAUAUGUCUUGCAUUAUCCAGAUGGCUCUCAGAUAAAAAAUAUCCCUGGGACUGACACUCCUUUUACCAUUGGACAAUACAAAGAGGCCAUUGGAAAGGCGUUUCAAAGGAUCACAUUGUACAUCUGUACCCUUGAGGAUUUGUUGUCAAAGAGUCAGUCACAACAUCUGAGAGAUCCCAGCAAGUAUGUCAUAUUCUGUAAUAUAAUACACUGGAAUUUGUUAAUAAUCAAGGUAUUUCUGUAA